AUGGCCUCGGCAGGGGAGAGAUCCAGUCCAGCACAGGCCAUCGCGCCAUGGCACAAGAGUCACUCUGCGGUCCAGUUUGUCGCGGCAAUCAAGCGCUGCGGCAAGUCGCAAGACCUAGAAGCUGGGCAAUCGCUGCAUCGGCAAGCGCUCUUGGCUGGAUUCCACUCCAACAGGUUCGUGGCCGCGGCCCUGAUCACAAUGUAUGGCAAAUGCCAGUCCAUGGCGCUCGCAAAGGGGACCUUCGAUGGGAUGAUCCACGGCGAGCGGGAUGUCGUGGCUUGGAAUUCUUUGAUCUUGGGGUUUGUGGAGAAUGGCGAGAGCUCAGUGGCGAUGGAGCUCUUUGGCGAGAUGGAUUGCGAGCCCAGUUCUCACACGUAUGUCGCGGCGAUCAAGGCGUGUUCUUGCCUGGCGGCUCAGCAUUUGCGUCUCUCUCUCGAGACAGGGAUUGGUAUCCACGAUCGAGUGAAAGCGCGGGGAUUGGACUGCGAUUUGGUGGUGGCGACGAGCUUGGUGGGUUUGUAUGGGAAGUGUGGGAGAAUGGAUCUGGCGAGAGGAGUUUUUGGUGGGAUGAUCCAGAGGGACGUGGUGGCCUGGAACUCUAUGAUCUUAGGAUAUGCCGAGAAUGGAGAGGGCUCGAGGGCGUUGGAAGUUUUUGCCGCCAUGGAUUGUGAGCCGAGCGCUGUGACAUUCAUGGCUGCGAUCAAGGCUUGCUCGAGCAUUCUUUUUUCUUGCAGCGAGGAGGGAUCAAAAAGAGGGAUUUGUCUCGAGAAAGGGAUUGCGAUUCACAAGAGGGCCAGUGAGAAGUUUGGAUCCGAGAAUUUGGAUGUGGCCUUGGCAACUUCGCUGAUAGAUUUUUACAGCAAGUGUGGAAGUUUGGAACGUGCGAGGGAUGUGUUUGAUGGGAUGAUUUGGAAGAAUGUUGCGACUUGGAACUCCAUGAUCUUUGGAUGUAUAGAAAAUGGACAAAGUUUACUGGCUAUGGAGUUAUUUGAUAGCAUGGAUUGUGUGCCAACUUUUGUCACGUAUAUUGCGGCUCUCAAGGCGUGCAGCUGUUUGGGCAGUGGUGAAACUGGCUCAAACAAGCAACUUUGGCUUAGAAGAGGGAUUUUGAUUCAUCGAAGAGUGAGAGAGUGUGGAAUGGAUUCUUCUAUGGCUGUGGCAAACACUUUGGUGGACAUGUAUUGCAAGUGUGGGAGCUUGGAAUUUGCUACCAAGAUUUUCUACGGAAUGACUCAAAGGGAUGUUGUUACUUGGAAUUGCCUGAUUCUGGGAUGUGUGGAGAAUGCGAGUUACUCCAAAGCUAUGGAUCUGUUCACCAAAAUGGACUGUGAGAGAGAUUCUAUCACUUAUGUUGCUGCUUUCAAGGCCUGUGAAGGUUUAGCUUCAGAGAAAUUCAAUAGAGACUUUUAUCUCAGAGAAGGGAUUUCUCUACACAAGAAAGUGAGCGAACUUGGAUUUGAUUCUAACUUGGUUGUCCUCACCACCUUGCUGGACAUGUAUAAAAGCUGUGGGAACAUGCUACUUGCAAGGGAGGUCUUUGAUGGUUUGAGGAAGAGAGACGUGGUAACUUGGACUACCAUGAUCUUGGGAUAUGUAGAAAGUGGAGGAAAUUUGGAAGCUCUGGAGCUCUUUUCCAGAAUGGACUGUGAGCCAGAUCCCUAUGCUUUUGCUGCUGCUCUCAAGGCUUGUGAAGGCUUUUCCCGCAGAGAAGAAUGCCUUGACAAAGUGGUGACUAUUCACAAACAAGCUGAGCGCUGUGGACUACAAUCCAACACUGUUGUGGCAACUUCACUUGUGAGUGUGUAUUCCAAGUGUGGAAAGAUGGAAAUUGCCAGGCUUGUUUUUGAUGAAAUGAUCCAGAGGGAUGUCCUGGCUUGGACCUCUCUUAUACUUGGAUAUGCAAAGAAUGGCCAGAGUCUGAUAGCUCUAGAACUGUUUGCUACCAUGAACUGUGAACCAGACCCUCUAACUUAUGCUGCCUCACUGGAAGCUUGUGGGAAUCUAGCCAUGGCUGGAUUGGCAGCUGGGAAAUAUAUCCAUGCUAGAACUUGCAAGCUUGGACUAGAAGAAGAUAAUGUAAUUUCUGCUAGCUUGAUGAACUUCUAUGCAAAGUGUGGCAGCAUCUCUAAAGCUCAAGAACUAUUUGACAGUGUAAAGUCUCCAAAUCUAGUGCUUUGGAACACUUUGAUAGCGGGAUAUAGCUCGGCUGGAGACCCUUUCCGGGUCCUUCAUCUGGCAAGAGAAAUGAAAGACGCUGGCGUUGGAAUGGAUGGAAUCACAUUGGUUUCUAUCCUCACAACUUGUAGCCAUGCCGGUUUGCUCGAGCAAGGAGCUCUGUGCUUCGAAUCAAUGGUGAAGUGUGGGGUUGAAACGAGCGUGGAGCACUAUAGUUGCUUGGUUGAUAUGUUUGGAAGAGCAAACCGGCUGGAAGAAGCGCUAACUCUAAUCCAAACCAUGCCAAUGGAAGCGAGUGGUAGUAUGUGGAGAAGUUUGCUAGGGGCGUGUAGAAACUGGAAGAACGUAAAGGUUGGCGAGGUUGCAUUUCAAGCGCUGGUCAGUGACGGAGAAACUAAAUCGGCCGACUACGUUUUGAUGAGUGAUCUCUAUGCAAGCUCGAGCAUUACGUAG